AUGGCCCAUCCACGCUCGUUCACUGCUCUACGCCACCUCCUAAGGCCGAACCAUGUACACAUCUAUACCACACGACCUAGGAUACCCAUUCCUCCACUGGUCAUAUCUAACCCACAUCACACAAUAAUCCGAACAAAUUACAACCUCCCCGUCACGCCCUCGGAUGCUCUCCCUGCGCCCCCUGAUGAACCGGACGGCCCCAAAAAGAACAAGGACGGCAAACAGGAACCCUUUAGUUUCGGCCCUACAGCCUUCAAAAUGUUCGAAGCCGCCCUGACAACCUUCGCCUCGGUCGGCAUCCUAGGAGUCGUAGGCUACAGCUACACAAUCUACUACAAACGCCAAGUCCUGGCCAAAAUCGAACACGCCUUCGCACCCGGCGAUCCCGUCUUAGAUCUCGCUGCUGUAGCGAAACAGGGGACCCCGUCUGGAGGCGAGGAACUUGUAGACGAUGAGGGACAUCGCCAGCAUUGGGUGUUGCGGGAGGAACAGGAAUUGCUGGAUGCCAUUGUGUGUGGGCAGGCCAAGGGCCAGUAUCAUCUUCUGGUUGGCGAAAAGGGGACGGGGAAAAGCAGCAUGCUGAUUGAUGCCAUGGCGAAGAUUGAUGGGGAAGGGGUGGCGAUGUUGGAGGCGCAUGCUGAUCCGGAGAUUUUCCGGAUACGGCUGGGUAAGGCGCUGGAUUUCGAGUUCCAUGAGGACAAUAUCGGUUCUCUCUUCUCCAUUCGCGGUCCACGAGAUGCUAGUGCGCUUCUGGAUGUGGAACGAGCUUUCAAUAAACUGGAGAAAGUAGCGCUGAAACGCCGCAACGCUAUCGGAAGACCAUUGAUCCUCAUCAUAAACUCCACCCACCUCCUCCGCGACGACGAAGCUGGUCGCGACCUCCUCGAACUCCUACAACAGCGCGCCGAGGCCUGGGCGGCAGGGAGUCUCGUCACCACCAUCUUCAACAGCGACGACUAUUGGGUCUAUGAGCGCCUGAAGCAGUACGCCACCCGUAUGAACAUCAUCAAGAUCUUGGAUCUCAGCAAACCGCGCGCGCUGGAGGCGUUGCGGAAUUAUCGAAGUAAAUAUAAGAAUGAAAUCCCGGACUCCAAGAUUCUGGAACAGGUCUACGAUAUGGUCGGCGGCCGCCUCUCCUUCCUCUCCCGCGUGGCGAAGAGCCACGAUAUGCUCCAGACGUGCGCCGAGAUUUGUCGCAUGGAGAAGACGUGGUUUCUGAACCAAUGCUGGAUUUUGGGCAUGGAAAUGGAUGACGAUGUCAUGGAUCAGCAAAAAUACGCUUCAGCUGCUAUGGUCUUGGCCAAAGCGUUGGUGGAGAUGGAGACGGAGAUGGAGACGCGGUAUGAUCCGGUUAAGGGCCAUAUUUUGCCUCAAAUGCCGUUGCAUAAGGCCCGACAAGUCAUGACCCGGGCGGACUUCAUCCAGAGUUAUGAUUCGAUUAAUGUGUUUACUAUUGACAGUAAUGCCAUGGUCCGGGCGGACAGCGUGCCGAUGAUGAAUGCUUUCCGCGAGAUCGUGGGCGAGCCUGGGUUCGGUGAGUUUUUGGAUGCUACGUUGGAAAGGAUUGGGGAUAUUGAGAGUUUGGGCAGGACGAGGGAGUUGACGAUUAAAGAUUUGUGGGAUCAGGGAAAGUAUCGGGUUAGGAUGAGUGAUGCGCUGGGGAGGGAGAAGGGGGGGUUGGUGUUUGAGAUUGUGCCUAAGGAGGGGGAGGGGGAAGGGGAGGAGGGAUAG